AUGAACGUUUCGGAAUCAAUUACAAAUUACUUUUAUGAGACUUCAUGGGGAAAAUGUGACCUUUUUGGCUGUUUCGAUUGUGUGUCAGAGGAGUGUAAGGAUAUUACGAGCGAGGAUUGUGAGAAGAUUAAACCGGAAUUAAGAUUUCAUCUCCGUUCAAUCAGUACUCAUAACUCGAUGAGCAAGAAAGUCCAUAACAAGGCAAAUAGACUUCUGGAUGGGUUAGAUCAAUUUUUCCAGUCCAAAAGGGUUACAAUGAUUUUUGAUGAAAGGGAUGCGAAGAAAAUGCAAGAUGGAGAUGAAGAACUUAAUGAGAAAUGUACUUCGCCAAGUCCUUUACAAGACAGUUAUAUGGAAGAUCCUAAUUAUUUUGACAGUCUUGUAGAUAACGUAGAUCUAUCCUACAUUGAAAGUGAAGAAGAGCCUAAAUCAGCAUGCAUAAAACCUACGGUUUCAGUUACUAACAGUUGGGAUUCCUUUAAAAUAGAUUAUGUUGAUAUUGUAAAAUUUUUUGAGUCUUUACGUGAUUCCUUACCGAAAAAAGGUUCCGAAGUUCACAUGGAAGAUGACGGAAGUUGA